AGUUGAUCUUACCCCCCCUCUCUCUUUCUCUCUCUCUCUCUCUCACUCUUUCUCUCUUUCUGUGUAUCUUGCUCCUGGUUCUUCUCAUUCCUUAACCAAAUUCUAAAACACUCGCUCCCGUCCAGACUCGUCUCAGCUACUUGGGUCUUUAAUAUUCAGCCAACCUCCAUUCAAGAUGUCAACCAAAAAGAGCCGAAAGGGAAAGCGGAACCGCACUCAGCGGUACACGUCCAAUGUGUUUGCCAUGUUCAACCAAGCACAAAUUCAGGAAUUCAAGGAAGCUUUCAACAUAAUUGAUCAGAACAGAGAUGGUUAUGUUGACAGAGAUGAUUUGCUGGACAUCCAGACAUCUCUUGGCAAAAACCCCACAGAAGAUGAGGCUGAUAUGAUGAUUAACCAAGCCCCUGGUCCUAUCAAUUUCACAAUGUUCCUUACAUUGUUCGGUGAAAAACUUAAUGGUACAGACCCUGAAGAUGUGAUCAAAAAUGCUUUCGCUUGUUUCGAUUUUGAAAAUUCAGGUCACAUCAACGAAGACUAUCUGCGAGAAUGUCUGGUUACCAUGGGAGACCGAUGGUCCGAAGAAAUGGUCGAUGAGCUCUUCCACGGCGCUCCAAUCAAAGGCGGCAAGUUUGAUUACCUUGAGUUCACAAGAACUCUGAAACAUGGUGCCAAUGAGAAAGAAGAUGAAAUUCCCACAAUACAGCAACCUCCAGUUAACCAAUCAGAAACCUGAACUGGUUUUUAGCUUUAAUUAUUUUUUUUUUUUUAACGAGGACUUUUAUCUUUUUUUUUUUUCUUUUAAUAAAUCCAUGAAAUAACA